GAUAAACUCGCCUUUCAAGGGAUUCCCUCAUUCAAUCUCAAUCGAGGACAAGCAGAUGGGAAGCUCGGCUGAGCGUCGGCUGCACAACCUGCAGAGGCAACUCGCGACGGUGUCGGUCGUCGAUCCUGGCCUGGAGAGGAUGCUGACUUCCAGCGGCAAUACCCAGAGCAUCUGGCAGGCCAUCCCUCAGGGUCCUCCCGAUGCAAUCCUGGGAAUUUCAGAGGCAUUCAAGAAGGAUCCUAGUCCAAAGAAGAUCAACCUGGGAGUGGGAGCAUACCGCACUGAGGAAGGCAAGCCCUUGGUGCUUAAUGUUGUCAAAAAGGCUGAGCAGAAAAUCAUCAACGACCCAAACGAGAACAAGGAGUACCUGGGCAUCACUGGCAACCCCAAGUUCAACGCCCUGAGCGCACAGCUGGCCUUUGGGGAGCACAGCCCUGUCAUCAGGGAGGCGCGCAACGCAACAGUCCAGUGCCUGUCCGGCACUGGCUCCCUCCGGGUGGGCGCGGAGUUCCUGGCGCAGCACUACACGGUGCACACGGUGCUGCUGCCAUCGCCGACGUGGGCCAACCACCACAAGAUCUUCCCGCUGGCCGGCAUCAAGGACGUGCGCACCUACCGCUACUACAAGCCUUCCACGCGCGGCCUCGACUUUGAGGGCAUGAUUGAGGACCUUCAGCGCGCUCCGGAGGGCGCCAUAGUUCUGCUGCAUGCAUGCGCGCACAACCCCACCGGCGUCGACCUCACCCCCGAGCAGUGGCGGGGCAUUCUGCGCACCGUGCAGCAGAAGCGCAUGCUGCCCUUCUUCGACUCCGCCUACCAGGGCUUUGCGAGUGGUGAUCUGGAGCGGGAUGCCACUGCCAUCAGGCUGUUUGCAGAUGCCGGCCUCGAGCUGCUGCUGGCCCAGAGCUAUGCAAAGAACAUGGGCCUGUAUGGGGAGCGAGUGGGCGCACUGAGCGUCAUCACCAAGAGCGCUGACGUCACCAAGCGCGUGGAAAGCCAGCUGAAGCAGGUGAUACGGCCCAUGUUCAGCAAUCCCCCCAGGCAUGGAGCGGCCAUUGUGGUCGAGGUCCUCAGUGAUCCCUCCCUCUACGCGGAGUGGCGGGAGGAGCUGAAGGGGAUGGCGGGGCGCAUAAUGCAGAUGCGGCAGGAGCUGUUCAGGGCGCUGCAGCAGGUGGGCGCGCCCGGCAGCUGGAACCACAUCCUCGACCAGAUCGGCAUGUUCAGCUUCACAGGCCUCACUAAGGAGCAGGUGCGGGUGAUGACGGACAAGUGGCACGUGUACAUGACCUUUGAUGGCCGCAUUUCCAUGGCCGGCCUCUCCAGCUCCAAGUGCCACUACCUCGCCGAAGCCAUCAAUGACGCCAUGCGCUCUGCCUGAUGACUCGUGGGCGACUCAUCAUUGAUGAGGAAGACUGCAGAGACAUCCUCGGACGCACCUGCUGCGCAGAGCACCCCCUGCUUGUGGGGCAGCUUGUCCUGGAGCGUGACUCGUCAAAGUGUUUUGCAGUACUUUAUAAAUUGAUAAACGCAAGGGAAUUGGCAUAAAUGCUUAUCCAGUUUUGUAAGUGUAGGUGCAGAUCUGUGUGACAAAUAGCUAGAGCUUAUAACAAGGGUAGGUUUGGUUUAGCGACGUUAUGGUGCAUGAACCAUAAAGUCUCUAGAGGUAUUGCUCAGCGGACUUGCUGCAGCUAGGAUGUUAGAAUUUGAAAUUUUGAUUGUACAUUGUUGUACUUGUUGAAUGGCUGGCCUGCAUUGUGUGCACAGCACAUCAAUAAAAAUCAGCACAGGUUCAGUGCCAGGUCAGGAUCAGUCAUGAUCAGAGCUUUAUAGGCAUUUAGGUAUCUGCAGCUAGGUAUCUGCAGCUGUGGCUAGCAAGUGGCUUGCGCUUGCUGCUUGUGCAAUGCUGUUAAAGUCAAAUUUUACAGACAUUUUAGGUAGGUAUGGUUAGCUUGUUUUCAUCAGCAUCUCGACUCUUAAGCAUGCGUAUGGACAGACAAAUAGUGGCAUGCGCAUCCUGCCAAUUGGAUCCGAAAUCCAUCAAAAUGAAGACUGGACCUUGCUUGGCAUAAGAGAUUCUUCGUAGCUUAUACACCUUUGCCAUCCUGUAAAUUCAAGAUCACAUU